AUGAUCCAAAUCACGUUGCUGGCAAUCGGCUCCACGUUGAUUGCCGACAUUGCCUCUGCCCUCCAAUAUGUCAAGAUUCUUGGCGCGGACAUGGCGUAUCUUGACACCGACGACCCUUCAGACAAGGCUUCUGGCUUGACAGCCGUAUUCAUUCACGGCAAUCCCACCUCGUCCUAUCUAUGGCGUAACAUCAUCCCCCAUGUCAGCGACCAAGUUCGAUGUGUGGCGCCAGAUCUUAUUGGGAUGGGUGCGUCAUCCAAGCCAGAUAUCAAGUACAAGUUUGUGGAACACGCCAACUACCUUGAUAACUUCUUGGAUGUUAUUGUCCCCAGCGGAAAGAUCGUUCUGCUCAUUCAGGAUUGGGGUUCCGCGCUCGGCUUUGACUGGGCUUUCCGUCACCAGAAUCGCGUUGCUGGCCUUGCUUUCAUGGAAUUUAUACUUGGCAGCCGUUUUUAG